AUGGCGCCCCAGGAGCCGACCACGCUGCGCGCCAUCCUCGCCUAUGCAGGCAACCUCCUCUCGCAGUCGCCUCUGCUAUCCGGCCCUUUCAACAACAUUCCCAACCCGCUCGCCCACCUCCUCGGUGGCACGCAGCAGCAGCAGCAGCAGCAGCACGUCGCGCCCUCGUACUACGAGCCGCUGAGCGCCGCGCCCUCGUGCCCCAUCGACGGGCCGACCAGCUGCCGCAACAGCACCCCCCCCAGCGGCGACUCGUGCUGCUUCGUCCACCCGGGCGGGCGCCUGCUCCUGACGCAGUUCUGGGACAGCCAGGCGCACCAGCCCGGCGCGGAGGAGGACUGGACGAUCCACGGGCUAUGGCCAGACCUCUGCGACGGCACCUACGACUCCUUCUGCGGCAUGUCCCCGCGCUACAGCGACAUCCCGGCCCUGCUGGCCUCCCACGGCCAGGACGACCUGCUGUCCUUCAUGCACCGCUACUGGCCCUCGGCGCCCGGUUCGACCAACGCGCACUUCUGGGCGCACGAGUGGAACAAGCACGGCACGUGCAUCAACACGCUGUCGCCGUCGUGCUACGGCGCCGGCGACGACGGCGACCACACCGACGGCAGCGAUAGCGCGUAUUACAGGCCGGGCGCCGAGGCCGUCGACUACUUCUCCCGCGCGGCGGCCCUCUUCCGCACGCUCGACACCUACACGGCGCUCGAGCGCGCCGGCGUCGCGCCCCACGCCACGAGGCGCUACCCGCUCGCCGACGUGCGCGCCGCGCUCGAGCGCUUCAGCGGCGGGCGGGUCGUCCUGCGGUGCUCCGGCCGGAGGGACGUGCUGCACGAGGUGUGGUACGUCUACUUUGUCAAGGGCAGCCUGCAGACGGGCGAGUUCGUGCCCGCGCAGGACCUCGGCGAGAAGGGGGACGCGGGCAACUGCGCGCCCUGGGUGCGGUACCUGCCCAAGAAGAAGGGGGCGAGCGGGUAG